AUGGCGUGGCGCUGCUCCGGAUCCACUAACACCGAGCUGAUCGAGAAUCUAUUCAAAGCCGAGGUGAUCAAAAAUGAACGCGUCAAAGAAGCAAUGUUAGGCGUUGAUCGCGCCCACUACGCGCCAUCGCGUCCAUACUCGGACUCGCCCCAACCCAUCGGGCACGGAGCCACCAUCUCCGCACCACACAUGCAUUCCCACGCCUGUGAAUACCUAAUUGACCAUCUCCAGCCCGGAUCUAGAGUCCUAGACAUCGGCUCUGGCUCGGGAUACCUUACACACGUCCUGGCCAACCUGGUAACAGCCCGGCCCGGCAGCGCCACACCAGGCCAGGUGAUUGGCAUCGACCACAUCCCCGAACUGGUCGAGCUAGCUCGAUCCAACAUGAACAAAUCAGAGGAUGGUCGCCAACUCCAGGAUUCUGGACAAGUGAAAUUCAUUACAGGAGAUGGACGUCUGGGUUGGAAAGAAAAUGCCCCGUACGAUGCUAUUCAUGUUGGCGCGGCGGCAGAGGAGCUCCACCCAGUGCUGAUCGAGCAGCUGCGGGCCCCCGGACGACUGUUUAUCCCGGUCGAGUCGGAGAAUAGUGGGACCAGCUUGAGUAGCUUGGGGUUCGGUGGUGGCCAGUAUAUCUGGGUUGUGGAUAAAAAGGCAGAUGGGUCAGUUCACAAGGAGAAAGUGUUCCAGGUGAGCUACGUGCCGCUGACGGAUGCGCCCCGAUCGUGA